AUGCGACAUCUGCGCCCGCGCCAUGGCUUCGCUGCCGGAUUCCCCCUCAAAUAUUCCAGGCUGAUAAACCUCUACCGAGCAUUCUCCAGCUCACAAAUCAACAAUGACCUGACACCCUUCACCCGGCGGCUCUUUAAGCUGCCUUCCGCACCCCCAACAUCAACCCAAAACCACACCGACCUAACCACCUUCCUUUCCUACGCCAAACACAUAUCCCUCCCCGAAACAAGCACCGUCUACGUAGGCACACACUACGAAUACACCGUUCUCCAAAGCCUACGACGCUAUGCGCUCUCCCUCGAGCGGAUCGGUGGCCGCGACGACGCCGGCAUCGACCUAGUAGGCACCUGGCACCUACCGGAGCGGGAGCGGGAACGGGCAGUUCGCGUACUGGUUCAGUGCAAGGCACUCAAAAGCAAGCUCGGGCCGAACCUGGUGCGCGAGCUCGAAGGUACGUUCCGCCAGGCGCCUGUCGGAUGGCGCACGGACCUGACGGCAGGUGUGCUGGUUAGCCCGCGCGAGGCAACUAAGGGUGUUCGGGACGCGCUGGCGCGGAGCUCGUAUCCGUUAAUCUGGAUGAUGAUGGAGCGGGAUGGAACUUUGAGGCAGGCGCUUUGGAAUGCACGGGCUGAGGGGCUUGGGUUGGGACCUCUUAGGGUGGAGACGAGGUAUGGCAUUGUGGAUUCUGAGUCGGGAGCUGUUACGAAAGAGGUCGCUCUGACUUGGAAUGGGGAUGAUGUUCCACAUAUGGACCAGAUUGAGCAGGACUUGCUUCGUUUUGAGGAUCGAUGGGUCGCAUCGUGGGGAACGAAAGUGUCCGAUAUUGAGAAGGAUGUUCUCCUGGAUGCUGUGGAGAAUAGCUUCCCCGAUGGGCACCCAAACUCUGAACCAGAUGGCGUUGUGUCUAAAUCGGAUCAGACAAAGGUCCUGCAUGAACUACAAAGGCAUUGA